AGACAAGACGCGACAAGUGUUCGCCGGGUAUCGACAUAGUGUCUCGCGACGUUUGUUCUAUUCGGAACUCAUUGUGUAAUAACGACGCAAUUCAUAGAAUGGGUGUCACCGUGUUGCAACAGUAUCCGAUGAUCGAGAACCGGACCGGACCGCAGACCAUCGAGUUCCUGACGAAGAGGGUCGUCGCUCUCGGCGCGGUGCAGGUGGGGCAGUUCCUGGUGGAUUGCGAGACAUACAUGUCGGUGCCGCAGCUUGGCGUUCAAAGAACCGUGCAUGUGCUGCACAAUUCGGAGCAGCCAGCCUCAGUGUUCGCCCUCCUCGAGUCGGGCAGCAAAGUGGUACCACUGAUAGCGGACGGCUUGUUCGAUCUGCUGAUGAUGAAAAUGACGACUAUCUACACCAGUAAGAAGCAAACGAAGAUUGAAUCCAAAGGGCCACGAUUCGAGAUUGGCGACUUCUGCGUCAAAUUGGGCAGCGUGACGAUGAGCCAAAAUUUCAAAGGUGUCUUGGUAGAAGUCGAGUACAGACCUUGUGUCGUGCCAGCGAGCGCGUGGGAACUCAUUCGUGAAUUUCUGCAGGGAUUCUUGGGUUCAACUGUAUCUAAUCAAGCUCCUCAAUAUUUACAGAAUCGAAUGAACGAAAUUUAUCAGCCGAUGGAUACGAUACAACAGUAUCUAGAACACUUCAGUCAAUACAGGAAAGCCACAGGAGUAAAUGCAAACACUACGAUAGGCGAAGUGAAACAGGAGUUGUAUAAAUUAAAAAAGGCAGCAAACGUCAAUAGGCAGAGUCUGAGAUUGGAUGCUAAGGGAAAAUCAUUGUCCGACUCAGAGACAAUUAAAUCCCUGUCGCUGAAAACGGGCGGAAAGUUGUAUUAUAAGGAUCUCGGUCCUCAGAUUGGUUGGAAGACUGUAUUCCUAUUGGAGUAUGCAGGACCUCUGGUGAUGUAUCUUUGGUUGUAUCAACGUCCCUGGCUGUUUUAUGGAAAUGUGGAUACCAGUAAUUUUCACUAUAUAGCUAAGUGUGCAGCAGGUGCCUGGUCGAUACAUUAUGUUAAGCGUCUCUUAGAGACUAUAUUUGUUCAUCGUUUUAGUCAUGCAACAAUGCCAUUGCGUAACCUAUUCAAAAAUUGCUCCUACUAUUGGCUUUUUGCUAUGUAUGUGGCAUAUCACACAAAUCAUCCAUUAUACACAGCUCCUUCCAAGUUUCAAUUCCACAUUGGAUCGAUAAUAUUUGUGCUGUGCGAGUUGGGCAAUCUCAGUAUCCACUUAGCUCUGAGGAAUUUGAGACCAUCAGGCACUACAGUCAGGAAAGUCCCGAUGCCGACCAAGAAUCCUUUCACCGCACUCUUCUUACUUGUCUCCUGUCCUAAUUAUACAUAUGAGAUAGGCAGUUGGAUCGGUUUUACUGUAAUGACAUCAUGUCUUCCAGCUGGUCUGUUCACGCUUGCCGGUGCAUAUCAAAUGACCGUGUGGGCACUAGGCAAGCACAAGGCAUACAAGAAAGAAUUCUCGCAUUAUCCGAAAAACCGCAAAGCCAUUAUUCCGUUCAUUCUUUAAAUUAAGGCAUUUAUUUACAAAAUAUCGGUGAUACAAUGUUGAUUUUACUUUGUUUCUGUUUUUUUUUUUUUGUUUUUUUUUUUUGUUGAAGGAAUAUUAAGCUUAGCAAUUAUGA